CAGGAAGAGACGAACCCACCGACCGCCGCGGGCCCCGCGCACCCCGGUCUCCCGACUCCCGCCAUGUGGGGGCUCCUGCUUGCCUUGGCCGCCCUCGCGCCCGCCGUCGGUCUGGGUCUGGGGGCGCCCGGCGCCUCGGUGCUGGGCCUCGCGCCGCCCGCGACCACCGAGGCCGCGGGCUCGACCCCGGCCCCGCGGAGCAGCCCGGCACAGCCGCCCGCGGAGAGGGCGAACGGGACAUCAGAACAGCAGGUCCGGAUUCGAGUCAUCAAGAAGAAAAAGGUCAUUAUGAAGAAGCGAAAGAAGCUAACUCACCCUAGUCCCCAGGUGACUGCUAGGCCUCUGGUGACCACCAGCCCAGCAGGGACCCUCAACCUCACUGAGAAACAAGAACCAGGCUGUCCCCCUUUGGGCCUGGAGUCCCUGCGAGUUUCAGACUACCAGCUUGAGUCAUCCACCAGCCAGUCCUUUGGUCUUGGACCACACCGAGGACGGCUCAACAUCCAGUCAGGCCUGGAGGAUGGUGAUCUGUAUGAUGGAGCCUGGUGUGCUGAGGAGCAGGACAGCAAGCCGUGGCUUCAGGUGGAUGCCAGGCACCCUGUCCGCUUCUCAGGUGUUGUUACGCAGGGCAGGAACUCUGUCUGGAGGUACGACUGGGUCACAUCAUACAAGGUCCAGUUCAGCAAUGACAGUCGGACGUGGUGGGGGAGUAAGAACCACAGCAGUGGGAUGGACGCCGUAUUCCCUGCCAAUUCGGACCCAGAAACCCCAGUGCUGAACCUCCUGCCUGAGCCCCAGGUGGCCCGCUUCAUUCGCCUGCUGCCGCAGACCUGGCUCGAAGGAGGCGCACCUUGCCUCCGGGCAGAGAUCCUGGCCUGCCCAGUCUCAGAUCCCAACGACCUAUUCCCCGAGGCCUCUGUGCUGGGAUCCUCUGACCCUCUGGACUUUCGGCAUCACGAUUAUAAAGCCAUGAGGAAGCUGAUGAAGCAGGUGAAUGAGCAGUGCCCCAACAUCACCCGCAUCUACAGCAUCGGGAAGAGCCACAAGGGCCUGAAGCUGUAUGUGAUGGAAAUGUCGGACCACCCUGGGGAGCACGAGCUGGGAGAGCCUGAGGUGCGCUACGUGGCUGGCAUGCACGGGAACGAGGCCCUGGGGCGGGAGUUGCUUCUGCUCCUGAUGCAGUUCCUGUGCCGUGAGUUCCUGCGAGGGGACCCACGCGUGACCCGGCUGCUCACGGAGAUGCGCAUCCACCUGCUGCCCUCCAUGAAUCCUGAUGGCUAUGAGACAGCCUACCGCCGGGGCUCGGAGCUGGUAGGCUGGGCAGAGGGCCGCUGGACCCACCAGGGCAUUGACCUUAACCACAAUUUCGCUGACCUCAACACACAACUGUGGGAAGCGGAGGAUGAUGGGCUGGUGCCCCACACUGUUCCCAACCAUCACUUGCCCAUGCCCACUUACUACACCCUGCCCAAUGCCACUGUGGCUCCUGAAACACGGGCAGUGAUCCAGUGGAUGAAGCGGAUCCCUUUUGUACUGAGUGCCAACCUCCACGGGGGUGAGCUUGUGGUGUCCUACCCAUUUGACAUGACUCGGACCCCGUGGGCUGCCCGAGAACUGACGCCCACCCCGGAUGAUGCUGUGUUUCGCUGGCUCAGCACCGUCUAUGCCGGCACAAAUCGGGCCAUGCAGGACACAGACCGCCGGCCCUGCCACAACCAGGACUUCUCCUUGCACGGCAACGUCAUCAACGGGGCCGACUGGCACACAGUCCCUGGCAGCAUGAAUGACUUCAGCUACCUACACACCAACUGCUUUGAGGUCACUGUGGAGCUGUCCUGUGACAAAUUCCCUCAUGAGCACGAGCUGCCCCAGGAAUGGGAGAACAACAAAGAUGCCCUCCUCACUUACCUGGAACAGGUGCGCAUGGGCAUUGCAGGAGUUGUGCGGGACAAGGACACCGAGCUUGGGAUUGCUGAUGCUGUCAUUUCCGUGGAUGGGAUUAACCAUGAUGUCACAACCGCAUGGGGCGGGGAUUACUGGAGGCUGCUGACCCCAGGGGACUAUAUGGUGACCGCCAGUGCCGAGGGCUACCAUACAGUGACACGGAGCUGCAGGGUCACCUUUGAAGAGGGCCCCGUACCCUGCAAUUUCCUGCUCACCAAGACUCCCAAAGAGAGACUGUGAGAGCUGCUGGCAACCGGGGCCAAGAUACCCCCAGACCUUCGGAGACGGCUGGAACGGCUGAGGGGACGGAAGAAUUAACGCCUUUCACUGAAGAGCCCCAGAGCCUUGGGCAGGCUGGACCUGCUCCGAACUGAAGGGGAGGCCUAGGGAGGGAGGGACAAAGUGGAGGAAGAGGUGCUCAGGCUCAUUAAACUACCUGGCACCU